AUGAAGAAGCAGAAGGUUUCGUCGGUUGAUGGUAGUCAGUUUGGUGGUGUGGGCAAUAUUUCAAAUUUUCAGUUUGAUGAAAGUAAGGUGAGAGAACUUUUAGCUCACAUGAUGUUGUAUCAUGAAUAUUCUUUUAGAAUGGAGGAGCAUAUGUUAUUUAAUAAGUUUAUGAAAGCUUGUACACCGCAUUGGAAAAAAAUUUCUCGAGCUACCGCUAAGUGUCGUUGCUUUGCCACUUAUGAAUUUGAGAAGAAGAAGUUGAAACCUUUACUAAAUCAGGUUCCCAAAGUUAACAUCACAAUUGACAAGUGGACUUCUUAUCAAAAAGUUUCUUAUAUGGUUGUGACAUGUCAUUUCAUAGAUUCUGGAUGGCAAUUAAAUAAGUGCGUGUUGAAUUUUCGUAAUAUUCCGCCUCCACACUCUGGACUUCUUAUAGCUGAUGCACUUCAUAAAUGUUUUAGAAACUGGGGUAUUGAGAGUAAAAUUUGUUCAAUCACUGAAGACAAUGCCAAGGCAAAUGAUGUAGCAAUGAGGCACUUGAGAGAUGUUUUUAAUAUGAGAAAAUCACUUGUUGUUGGGGGCAAGUUUUUUCACGUGCAUUGUUGUGCACACAUAACUAAUUUGAUGGUUCAGGAUGGUCUUGGCAAUAUUGGAGAUAUUGUUGAUUGUGUGAGGGACGGAAUUAAAUUCCUGGUAGCAUCAGAGGGAAGGUUAAAGCAAUUUACUGAAACUACAAAGAACUUGCAGUUGUCAUCAAAGAAGCUGUUUUUGGACGUACCAACUCGUUGGAAUAGUACAUAUUUGAUGCUAUUAGCCGCAUACGAGUUUAAGGGUGUAUUUUCUAUGUAUGGAUACAACGAUCAUCAAUUUAUUUGGGUGCCAUCGCAUGAAGAUUGUGAUAAAGUUAAAUCUGUUUGUGAACUUUUGGGGGUAUUCAACCGAGUAACCAAGAUUGUAUCUGGUAAUGACUAUCCAACAUCAAAUUUAUUCCUUCCUAAAAUUUGGUGA